UAAGCGAGCAGCAGUCGGUGGCGGCGGCGGGGAGGGGAAGGAGGAGGUUGCCCAGAAAAGGCAGCCGGCAGCCAGCUUCCGCAGCAUCGGCUGAGCCAUCAUGACACCCUUUUCUCUAAAAAGAUUGCUGGCUGACUGACGGCGGUGCUGCGGACCUUCCCCGUGGGCCAAGCCGGCCAUUUUAUUGUGUUGUGAGGUAAACUCCCAUUCAUUGGAGCGUCGGGGACUGUAGGCCGCGCCUGAGGGAGGCGGCCGCCGAGCUCAAUUAAUGCAGCCUUUGAACAGACUGGACUGAACAGACAAGGCGGAGGAGGGAAAAAUAUCCUCCGUGGGAAGCAGAUCGCCCGUGAAUGCUCGUUUAUUUUCUCGGGAAAUUCGACUAUUUUUAAAUAAUAAAAAAAAAUACAUAUAUAUAUAUAUAUUUGGAGAUGGUGGAUGUGGAUUUCAGUGGCUGCGGUGCAUCUGGAGAUGGCAGCAGUAGCAGAAAGAUGCUGGAGCUGUCUGACUGCGCUGAGAUUGUACCUCUGGAGCUGUACGAUUCAUCCAGGGCCAAGAUUGCCGCCAAUCUGGCGUGGAUCUUUUCCAAAGCCUAUGGAAUAGAUAAUAUCCCUGAGGAUUUAAGGGAUGCUUUCUACACCGACCAGUAUGAACAGGAGCACAUUAAACCACCUGUCAUCAAGCUGCUGCUGUCAAGUGAACUCUAUUGUCGUGUCUGCAGCCUAAUUUUGAAAGGGGAUCAGGUGGCUGCAUUGCAGGGUCACCAGCCUGUCAUUCAAGCAUUGGCUCGCAAAGGCAUUUAUGUUAUGGAAAGUGAUGAUGUACCAGUUUCAGAAUCGGACCUCACACAGUCUCCAAUCAAAAUGAGUGCCCACAUGGCUUUGAUUGAUGCUCUGAUGAUGGCCUAUACAGUAGAGAUGAUCAGCAUUGAAAAAGUAGUGGCCUCUGUGAAGCGUUUUUCGACGUUUAGUGCCUCAAAGGAAUUACCAUAUGAUCUGGAAGAUGCCAUGGUGUUCUGGAUAAAUAAGGUGAACUUAAAAAUGAGAGAAAUUACAGAAAAGGAACUUAAACUUAAACAGCAGGUUGUGGAGAGUCCAAGUCACCAAAAGGUCCGUUAUCGACGAGAUCACCCCUUGAACAAGCAGUUGCCAUUUUUCCCUUUGAUGGAGGAUUUAAUGAGGGAUGUGUGUGAUGGCUGUUCACUCCUGGCGGUUAUUCACUACUACUGCCCGGAACUCAUGAAAUUAGAAGACAUUUGUUUGAAGGAAGUGACUUCAAUUGCCGACAGCUUGUAUAAUAUUCAGCUACUGAUAGAUUUUUCACACCAUUAUCUGAACAGAAGUUUCUAUCUCACGCUAGAAGACAUGUUGUACAGUCCUUUAGUGCUGAAGCCUAAUGUUAUGGUGUUCAUUGCUGAGUUAUUCUGGUGGUUUGAAGUUGUGAAGCCCGACUUUGUACAACCAAGAGAAGUUCAAGAAAUUAAAGAUGCUAAAACACUCCUACAACAGAAGAGUUCUCGCCCACCUCUUCCGAUUUCCAAUGCAACAAAGCGAAGCUUUAUGGUCAGCCCAGCAAAUGGUCCAGCUGAUAUGUCAACACCUGUUCCACAGAGUAGCCCAGAGAUUGGAACCAGGUAUUGCCUGCAUCCUGAAGAGUUUGUCAAAGGAAGCCCUGCCUUCAGUCCAUCUCACCCACUAUUGCCUUUAAGACAGAGGCAGUAUAAAUGUCCCUUAUCUAGUGAAGACAGCACAGAUACUCGGCAUCGUUCAAAUUCCUUAACCCGAGUUGAUGGGCAGCCAAGAGGUGCAGUGUUGGCCUGGCAAGAAAGAAAACCAAGACCCCUUUCUCAGCCAACACCAUUCGCCCUUCAUUAUGCAACUGACAGCGAUAUAGACGCCGGCUCUGGAGAUAGCAUCAGCCUGGCCAGGUCUAUUAGUAAAGACAGUCUCGCAUCCAAUAUAGUCAGUGUAACCCCAAAACAUCAAUCCCAGUUACUUUCUCCACCUGCAGAAAGCAAUGGAAAAAGCUUGUUGAGGAAUGUGGACAUGGAAGAUGAGGAUGAUGAGGAGCUAAUAGCAAUAAUUAAGUCAGAUGGGGAGCUGGUUAACAAUUCUGACCUUGAGUUACAGAGUGUUUCAUCAAAAGCCACGAGUCAGCUAUUGCCAUCAAAGUCACCCAAAAGACAGCAGAAUGACCAUGCAUUAGCAAACCAAGCUGGUGGUUUCUUUUUAGAACCUUUAAUGCCUGCAGUCUUAAAACCAGCCAAGGAAAAUCUCCUCAUUGUUAACAAGUAUGAAGAAUGUGGGGAACGAAAAUACAGACCUUCCUCAGCAAAGAGAAUGCCAGAUGGACAUUUGCCUUCAACACGCAAAAAAACAGUAAAUGUCAAUGCUGAGGCAGAUAUUAACAGGACUUUCACUCCCAUAACUAGCUCUGACUUCCUAGUAGUCUCUGAUCCAACCACUGAAAAGUCAUUGCGACAUCUUGAAGAGCCAGGAGUCUCCUUAAGUCACUUUAGGCCUUUGGCUAGUAGUAGUGUUGAAGCUUCAACUCAGGGGGAGUCUGGGGGCUUUUUCCUUCAUACUGGUGAUCUCGAUGAAGGAUUGGAUGGUAUGUCAAUAAACAAUGCAACCAUUGUAGGCAGCGGUAAAGCACUUGAUGCAACAUGGACUAUGAAUAUGCAAGAUUCCGAUUCAGAAGUGCUAGAUAUGGAAGAGGCUGAACAAGAUCUAGUUACCGAUGAGGAGGUUCAACAAGUUAGAAGUGGGUAUAGUGGUGAAGAGGAAUCUAGAAAAUUGCAUCAUGAUAUGAAGGUAAAGGAACAUGAGGACAAGGAUGGUGCCAGUGGGCGUUCCAGCCCUUGUUUGAGUACAAUCUCUCAGGCUAGCAGCACGUCCAUGGCCAGUACCAGUAUUAGAAUGACCAGCUUUGCUGAACGUAAACUGCAAAGACUCAACAGUGCUGAGGCAAAAUCCAGUGCAAGUAGCUCUCAGAAGACCACUCCAGAUGGGUCAGAAUGUUGCCCCUUACCCAUGAUGACAUGGAGGCAGAAACGAGAACAGAGCCCCAAUAGACAGGCGAAAGACAGUGCUCAGAUGCUGGCCUCUGAACUUGUUCAGCUUCAUAUGCAGCUUGAGGAGAAACGCAGGACAAUUGAAGCCCAGAAAAAGAAAAUGGAAGCACUCUCUGCCAGACAGCGUCUGAAAUUGGGCAAAGCUGCUUUCUUACAUAUCGUUAAAAAAGGGAAGAAUGAAGGUAUUCCACAGCCACUUAAGCCUGAAUAUUUCACAAAGGAAGCUGAACAUCCAAAUAACAAGGAAACUGUUGCUCUUGUAUGUCAGUCACCUAAAGCAGAUGAAGAUUUUGCAAAUCAAGAAUCCAAAGAGGAUUACUUAAAACAGCUGGAAGAAGUAGGAGCAAAAGAUUUGUGUGAGAAAAUCACAGAAAACGAUAUUCAAGAGAGCAUCGCAGCAGUUAGGCAGCGGUGGUUAAAGGAAUCUUCGCAGGCAGCUCACGAUGUUGACAAGAACAAGGUGAAUUCUAAUGGUGGUUUUGAAGAUGGAGCGGCAGAUGUUGAUGUGAAUGAAUACAACCGGUCUAUUGAGAAGCUUAAUGAAACUCUGAGCAACCUUCAGUUUGAGAUGCACAAGCUUUCACAGCAGCAGGAACUGCUGAUGAAGCUCAAGGACCAGGCGCCAACCACACCUCUACCAAAUGUUAAUCGCAACCUGCAGGACCAUAAGGUCAGGCAAGCAGCACAGAUUGUGGAACCACUAUCGCCCACAGGGAGUAGUCCAUCACAAGCUGUGCGUAAGCAGCCACGCAGCACUCCAAUGAAAAGUCCCCGUUCAGCAAGGCCAACUGAGUUAAAAGUGUCUCGGGAUUCUAAAAUGCAAGGCUCUUUCCGAAUUAUCACGCCGACACACAGUGUAGAAACUCUACCCCAUCUGCGACCCUCCCCAAGUAGUAAACUGCUAAAGCCUGAGACUGAUGAUAUUGCUGUUGAUGGUAGUGUUAAUACAGGAACUUUAGAAGGCAGAUCUUCCAAAGGUUCUGCAGAGCAUACUUCUGAAAGGACAAAGGAUGCUGAUGGCCUCAAGCAGGGCGAAGAAAGUAACCAGCGGACAUUGGUGCUUUCUACAUCCCAAAAAGACAGUUAUAAUUAUUUCUUUGAGCAAAUCAACACUGAGGCAGUAGUUAGCACCCCAAAGAAGCCUGAAUAUCCAUCGCUUAUCACUUCAGAUAGAUCAGGGAAAGAGAACAUUCCUAUUGAGGAACAAUCCAAAAACAAGGCAAACCUCAUUGAAGUAGAUAUAUCUGAACUGAAAGCACCUGCAGAAGGUGAAGCAUCAGAAAGCCAGGGCUUUUCCAGCAGUCAGAUGAUCAGUGAAUCUGAUCAGAAGUCUGGAUUGGGAUUUUUCUUCAAGGAUGACCAGAAAGCAGAAGAUGAGCUGGCAAAGAAGCGUGCUGCAUUCCUCCUUAAACAACAGCGCAAAGCAGAGGAAGCUCGCUUACGAAGACAGCAGCUAGAUGCUGAGAUAGAACAGAAGCGUGAUGAAGCAAGGCGCAAAGCUGAAGAGGACAGGAUUCGUAAAGAGGAGGAGAAGGCGAGAAGAGAGUUGAUCAAACAGGAAUAUCUAAGGCGUAAGCAGCAGCAAAUACUGGAGGAGCAAGGACUUGGUAAACCCAAACCUAAAGUUAAGAAGCAACGCCCAAAAUCAGUGCAUCGGGAAGAAUCCUGUAGUGAACCACCAUCUCAAUAUCCUUCUACCCCUGAUAAUCUGAGUAGUGCUCAGUCUGGUUCCAGUCUCUCUCUAGCAUCAGCUGCUACUACUGAAGCAGAAAGUGUGAACUCUGGUGGUGGGAGUGGUAGUGGUGGUUACUCGCAAAGGACAGACUCCAUGGAGACAUUCUCGGUGUUGAGCAGAAAUCAGAGUAGGAACACAGAACGAGACUGGGAGAAUACGUCCACAGCCUCAUCAAUUGCAUCAGUAGCUGAGUACACAGGUCCAAAGCUAUUCAAGGAACCGAGUUCAAAGUCAAACAAACCAAUAAUUCAUAACGCUAUCUCACACUGCUGUCUUGCAGGAAAAGUAAAUGAGGCACAGAAAAACUCAAUACUUGAGGAGCUUGAGAAAUGCGAAGCUAACCAUUACAUCAUCUUGUUCCGUGAUGCGGGCUGCCAAUUCCGAGCACUUUAUGCUUAUUCCCCAGACUCUGAGGAGAUCCAGAAGUUAACUGGGACAGGGCCAAAAAACAUUAAUAAGAAGAUGAUCGACAAGCUUUACAAGUACAGUUCGGACAGAAAGCUAUUUAGCCUAAUACCUACUAAAACCAUGUCAGUCAGCGUGGACGCUAUCACAAUUCACAAUCACCUGUGGCAAGCCAAGCGGUCUGCAGUGCCAAAGAAACAGUCAACAGGAAAAUGAGAGGAUUUUUUUGCUGGUUCAUUUUGGAAGUUCUCAGACAUUCUCCCCUUGCAAAGUAGAUUGUGUUGAAAUCAGCAACUUUUCCAUUUGAUUUGGUGGCUAUUCAGUUUUGGGAGAGUACAAAUCCCUUCCGAUUCCGUUACAGAUGAGAGAAUUGAAACUUUUUUUUGUACAUGAAAUGUAAUGUACCCUACAGAGUACAGAGUGAAUAGUUGGGCCAUUUUUCUGAAGGAUUGUCAGUCUCUGGGUGCCAACAUCUGGCGGUACGUGACAGAAUUCUGGCUUAGUUUUCUGCGCUGGUUACUCUGGCUUGUAACUGUCUUUUCUUUGCAUGUGGCAAGUUUUCUAGCCAGUGGAUUCUUAAAAGUAUUUGUGGACAGUAGUUGUGAAAAGCCUCUUCUGCUUUUUCUUUCUUUUCCCUCUAUUCCUCCAUGGAGUGGUGUUGCCAUGAAGAUCGAGUAAUGCAGCAGCUAAGUUUGGCUUGAGAUUUACUUGAAAUGAUGGGUUUUGAAACACUGCUCUUACUACUGUACUGAUCUGAAAUCAAAACAAUACAGAAAGCCAUUUUCCUUCACUGGCUAAGAGAGUUCUGGUCUGACUUUCGUUUAACUGGGACUACGUGUACCAGUCAGACCGAUUCAAUAACUGCCACGAAGCCAACAACUACUGAAUUUCUGCAAUUCCAGAUGCUGCUUAAUUUUCUCCUUGUACUCUUGCCGUGAAGAAUGAUGGAUUGUGAUCUGUGUGUUUUAAGGCAGCAUCCUGACCGAUUUUAUCAAUAGCCAUAGCACUCUUGGUAUAGCAAUCACUCAAACGUAUGAACAAAACCACACAGGACAGCGAGAUGAUAGUGGAUGCAGAGAAUUGCCUCUUUGAAAGUCGGAUUUAUUAAACACUUGAAUUUGGCAUAUUUUAUAAGUGCCAUCGUUUUAGACAAAGCCUGUGUUCUGCAGUAAUGAUUGGGUGUUAAUUGUCCUGUAAGGAAGAUUGUUGUAGAAGUAGAGUAAUACCACACAGAGCACAGUAUUGCUGUAUGGAGGCACACUGAGAGGUCGCAAUCAAAUUUUAAUGCUUCUUAUUGAAUUGUGCAUUCUGAAAAUUUUCCAUCCUCUCAUUUCCCAAUGCUGUAUGAGCAGCAUGCUCUUGUAAGAGUGUACAUUCUUUUAAUCCUUAUUUUAUUUUGGGGUGACAGUAUUUAAUAUAUUUCAUAGCAGCUUAUUCUUUCAGGUGUCAUCCUUGACUAAUUUCUGCAAAAUGGACACUCAGCAGAAAUUCAUGAAACACAGCUUUUUCUUUCCCCUGUUCUGAAGUUUUUAACAUAACCUGUCGAGAGCUGUGUGUGUUCCGUUUAAAAUAAAAAAAAUCUUAAUAAUAAGUGGUAUAGUGGUAAAAUAAUUUGAUCGCUCUUGUACGUGUGGUCAUGGUGAUGAUCCUUAAAGCUGCAUCCAUUUCUCCAUUACUCAGCAGCAUUGUGCCAUCAUUCAGUGGCAAUGAACUAAACUAGGAUUAAGCUGCUUAGAUUGAAUUUCUCUUGUGCAUGUUCAUAGGGUCAGAACACUACCAACAUAUGAUAGUUUCUUAGAUAGGAACAUUUUUUUAAAGGCUUUAUGAAUAAUCAUAGCAUUUAAUUGCUGCUGUCUGUAGACAACUCAGUUUUUAAAAAAUAUUGAACAAAACAUACACUCCAAGCUUGAUCUGUAUGCAGAAAAGACAGCAGAGAGUUUGCAGUUGUAACCAAUUGCUGCAGUCAGGGUUAUGUGUAGGUUUGCCUAAAAUGGGGCAAUGCCUGACUUGAAAAUGGAGUCAGUCCCAUUUUGGGAGUGGGUAGAUUUCUCUAAGAAAAAAAAUCUUGUGGUUUAUUGAAAUGGUUCUUAUGAGGAUUUUACAUUUCCACAGUUUAAUUUUUUUAUUAACUUGUAGGGAAAAAAAAAACUAUUUAAAUGGGUUUUGCCUUUGUUGUCUCUCUCACCUCCCCUUAAAUUUUUUAUUGAGGCUAUGCACAAGCGAGUUCUGUUUGCUGAUGCACAGUUACUGUAUGCGAGAUGGGUUGUGUAUACUUAAAAAUGGUCAGCCAGAAGUCAGAAAGCACCAUGGAAAAAUAAGCAUAAAGCUAUUUGCAAGAAUUUUCAUUGGUUUGCUAGAUAUUUUAAUUACAGAAAUGUGAAUGGAAUAGUGUCAAAGAACUUUUUUUUUCCCUUUUAGAGCAGUGUUUAUGGUGCAUUGCUUUUUUUUACAACUGACUUUGCAAUGCAUCUGUUCAACCUGGUUGGUAAGGAAAUCAGCAAGCAUUUAAUUUUGCUGAUGACUUUUGGUGAGUGCGUGUUACAGAGGACUGAGUAUUGUGAUAAAUAACUAUAUGGUGUAGCAAUACCUGAAAUGUUUAAUCCUGAUUAACAGGGUCUUGAGAAGGAGGAGAUUAAAAAUGUGAGAACUUAACUUUUCAUCUAAGUAGUUUUCUAUAUGGAGACCAUUAUCUUGAAUGUAGGCCAACACUAAGCUAUUUGCAUGUUUGGUACCUGUAUUAAAAGGAUUCAUAUCUGUGCAACACUUAUGAGAGACUCAAGUAUUUAUACACAUUGUAAAUUCUCACUACUUAAUAUUUUAAAAGAUUUGAACUAUCUGUUGUGCUUUUUAUGUACCUUGUAUUCCUGUCAAUUAACAGUGCCAGAGAUGCAAAUACACCUGUGGAAGUUUGCUCUAAAAAUGCAUGGAGUUUCUCAUUAAAGUGAGAAUUUCCAAUUUUUUGACUGGUUUCUGACAUUUGAUUAAAAUGGGUGAAUAGUGCUCAUGAGCAACUACUAGAUAGUUCAUUUAAAGUUCACCUAAAUAUUUAUUGUAUCCUGAAUUCUUUCACAGGAUGUACAAGACAUUUAAGCUGAUUAGAUUUUGUUUUGCUUUUAUGGGUGUGAAACAUUUGUUUUCACCUGAUACCCAUGGACCCACGUGAGUUCCUUCCAGUUGUGUGCAGUGAUUUUUGUUUUAGCAAGUGAAAAUAAUCCAUGGAAGGCAAUAUGUCUGAUAUAAAGGCGCUUUUUUACAUAUAAAGGACAUUGAGGGAUGUGUGUUAUUAUGCAUUGUUUUUAACAUUGGCUUUGAGAUAUUUAGAAAUUGGCAACUACAGCAUAUUGGAUAACAUAUUAGUUAAAUGCAUUCCAAAUACUAGGAUCCAGAUUUAAUCAAGCCCAGGUUGAGGCAAUGCAAGUCUGCUGACUAGAAAUCUCCCAAAUGAAGUGAGUUGGGUCCAUAUAGGAUAAGUACUGUACGUAACUUGCCAUUAAGUAUAAUGCCCUGGUAUAAAAUAUGGCCCAACAAAGUGCUAUCUAAAGUAACAUUGGAAUAACAAAGUUUAUCCUAAAAGCAAAGUGUCCUUUAAUAACACCCUUUAUGUGAACUGUUUUCUCCUCUCUCCAGAAAGCUUUGCCACUUUGAAAAUCCCAUUAGCAACAGUGAAGAUAGUAAAUGUAUACAGCUUCAGCCAUGCUGUCAUAAUUUAAAUGGAUUGUGCAGACAGCAUAGAGAUUUCUAAUUACGUGCCACUCAGUAUUGCAAGUUUUCGUUUUUGGCGCGGAACUUUACUGCUGCCAUUACCAAACAUCUAUCAAGUUUAGCUAUGUUGCAUGUUACAAUAGUGAAGUCUUUUAAGACCCUUUAAAAUGCUUAUGCUUGUGGCUAGUGUUCACAGAGUUCAGACCAUUUGGCAAAACCAUGCAAUACUUGCAAAACUCUAAUUCCCCAUUAGGUAUGUAGGUGAAUCGGUAUGAUGGAAAGUGCAUUGUUUCUGUCACAAUCUGACGGUAAUCUUAUUACCCAUUUACCCAUUGCAGUUUUCUGUAUAACUAUUUUAAUCAUUAAAAUGGAUCCCCAAAAAUGCUGGCAACCUGAAAUUAGAACAGAAGAUACUAGAAGUAAUCAACAAGCUUACCCGCACAUGAAAAAGAGAGGAUAAUUAGUGCUUUGCUUAUGGACCCUUGGACACAUCUUGUAUCAGAGUCCAAUGAAAGAGCCUGUCCACAAAGCAUUUUUUGUAAACAUUAAGUACAUUUAACUUAAAUAUAUUUUUAACAUACACUGGUAAAUUGCCUAUGAUGUUGUCCAGACAGGGAUAAGUUGCCUCCACGUAUGCAAGCUGGUGAAUAGGGAAACUCCACAGUGGCACCCAAUGGCCAGAAUCUCCAUUGUUACAGUAAACUCUUCACAUGCAGGAUUUAAUUUCUAACUGUUUUAUGCAAUCAGUUUCAAAGUUAAAUGGUGAAAUAGAAGUGCGACCAAGAAUCAUGACAACAUUAAGUGUGUGCACAUGUAUGUUUUAAAUUGAUGUUCCUUCGUAUCAUUCAGUUAAAACCCAGUGACUGGCAGCCAAAGUAUAUAGUUGUAUCCUGCUGUAUGGUUAUAUCUGUCUCAGCACUCCUGUCAGCAAAACACUGGAACACUGAAAAUAGUAAGUGCUGAUAACAGACACUUAAAUGUGUUCCAAACUAUCUUGGGGUUAAGACAACUUGAUGAACUGCUGUUGGUUGCAUAUUGUUCUUGUAUCAUCACAAUUCCUUAAUGCAUGAGACUGGUUCAGAUUUUCUGAACAUCAUUAAUGAUAACCCAUUUAUUUUAAAUAAGAUAAUGCAGAUCAGGAAAUCCUGACCUGUUUUGCUUCAUGUAACUGUUGCCUAUUUUAUGUUACAUUCACAUGGUAACUUCCUGCCUGUUCAAAUAUUUUGAGCCCUUUGGUUUUCCAGUAAGUUUCAUACAUUUGAACCCAAAUCCUUUUUAAAAAUUAUUUGUAUAAUUAGAUGAUACCAACACUCCAAAAAGCUGCUUCUGUCUUUAACUCUUUUCCCUGAAUAAUUGAAAUAUUUUUAAAUUUCUUUAGCAAGCUGCAUGAAGUUUUUAAAACUGCCAAGUUUUCAUUUAGAAGUCUUACAGCAAUUUUUAAUAGCUGGUCCAAAACAGAUACAAGAGCCCUGAAGUUCAAAGUCACACGGACUCAAAACGUUACCUCUGUUGCUCUUUCCACAGAUGCUGCCAGACCUGCUGAGUUUUUUUCCAGCAUUUUCUGUUUUUAUUUUAGAUUUCCAGCAUCUGCAGUAUUUUGCUUUUAUAUCAUUGCGGUGGAGAAGGCCGGUCAAUUGUGACUUUUUUCAGAUAUUUUAGUUUUUAAAACAACGUGUUUAAAAAUGUCCAUGUUAAAUUCUUCGCAAAUUAAAAUGUAACUUGACAAAUCAUGAUUAAAUAGACUGCUGCAAAGGUAGUUUAAAUAGUAAAUCGUACAGAAAGUACAAUGUACAAGAGUACAAAGAAAAUUCCUCCUUAUACAGCUGCUAGUUAGCUGAUGGUGUUUUUUCUUGUUGCCCAAACAUGUAAAGUGAAAACAAUGGAAAUUAAAAAUUUUUACGUUGACAUGCAAACAUACCUCUCUCCUACCCAUAUUACUCUUAUGAAAACAAUGUUCCCUAGAGCUGAGCAUGCAGAGACAGCAUUGUGGAACUUUAAUGCAAAGUGCUUUAGGGGAGAAUUACUUAGUGUAAAGGAAGUGCAAUUAUCUUGAUCUUUUGAAAGGGAGAUGUUUUCAAAAUGAGCACUUUUUAAUGGACCAUAUUCAAAAAAAGCUGUCACAGUCCAAUGUAAUAGCGCACUAAUUACAGUUUACAUUGUAGUAAGCUACAGAUAUUAGGAAAACCAGGUUGCACUGAUGCAUUUGGUGAAAUAAUCUCAAGAUGUUGACAAUGGAGCUAACAAAUGCAAGUUUGUCUUCCACUGCUUUUUUAUUUUUAUUUGUGUAUUUUUAAAUCAUAAGUGUGACAUGGAUUGAGAGCUUGCAAUACAUUGCAGCAUCUUGUAAAUAAGUGUAUGAAUAUCUGGUCUGUUGGAACUGUAAAUACCUAAAGACUCCACAAUUGUUUUCUAAAGGUUUGAGUAUUACUACACAGAUCACAGUAAUGGCAUCAUUUUUUUUGUAACGUUACCAUGCUUCUCGUCAUCACGUAAAUGUUUUGUCCACUUGUAUGUUUGACAUAUAAAACAUAUUUAUUUUAAAAAGCACUGAAAAGUUAAUAAAGAGCUGUACUGA